AUGUGUACGGGCACUCUCUUAACUUACGUUAUAUUUAGUGGUACAUCACCGCAAAAUAGUAUCGAUGAUAUACUGUAUCGGAUGAGUCAAGCUGAACAAAUUGGUCAUUAUGUAUUAAGUCAAUUAUACACUCAAAUAUUAAUUGAUAAAUCUAAAUCCAGAGAUACCAAAGCAAAUGAAACUUAUAUUAAAAACUUUAUUUUUUGUAAUUUAAAUGAAAGUUAUUGCAACGAAUUAGAUGGCGUACAAAAAUUUUCAGUAAUUGUGUACAAUCCAUCUUCAUUUACAUCCCACAUUUGGUUACGAAUACCUGUUCAACAAUCUUACACUUUAGAUAUCAAUAAAAUAAGAAAAUAUUCAAUUGAUGUCAAUCAAAUUGGAAUUAUUAAAAUGUCAUCAAUUUUUUUGUCUAUACCGCUGAAUGAAAAUAGAACAGCAGAAUAUGAAGUAAUUGUAAGAGUUACCAUUCCACCGCUCAGUAUUCAAGUGGUACCAUUUAAAGCAACAGAUAAUACAUUGAUAAAUCAAAUGGAAAAAUCUGUUAUAAACAAGAAAGCAUGUUCAAUCGAAAAUGAAGCCUACAUAAUCAAUAUAAAUAAAUUAGGCACAAUUAAAUCAAUUUAUAUUAAAAGUAUUAAUAAAAAUGUCGAAUUAAAACAACGAUUUGGUUAUUAUUACAAAGGCUAUGAAGAAAUUGUUCAAGUUUAUUCACAAUAUGCAAAUCAAUCUAUUCGAUUAUAUGAAAAAACGCCUUAUAUUGAAUUCGAUUGGAUAGUUGGACUGUUAAAUUCAAAGUAAGUGAUCAAUUCAAUAUCAAAAUAAUUCGUAUAGAAAUUCAAAUUUCUGGUUAGUGUUGAAUUUAUUACAACAUAUUAUAUUGGAGAAUUACAGAAUCAUGGUGUAUUUUAUACUGAUUCAAAUGGGCGACAGAUCAUGAAACGAAUGUCAGUAAACAAUUGUUUUAUAUCUGAAUUAAUUUUUUGUAGAUUUUUUUUGAUUUUAGUCGAGAUAAAAGAGAUGGAUAUCGUUUUACUCAAACAGAAACGCUCAAUUGUCUUAAUGUCUGUUAAACGAUACAUAUGCUUAGGACAUACCGAAAGUAGUGAGGGAGGUGCUUU